CACACCCAGCUUAUCAAAAUGAAGAUAUUCAAGUUCUGCUACGUCCUAGCUGUCAUCCCCAGCGCCCUCGCAGAUUUCUGGCUCGUUUACCAGCGCCGCUUCGUACAGAUCGGCCGCAUUGAGUUCUCUUUGUAUGGCACAACAUUCGUCACCGAGACACCGCAAUGGACAUGCGAGCACGACGCGUUCUCGCACAGCAUCAUCCCCGAUCAAAGGAACGCGAGCGGUUAUAAAUACGGGGUGGAGUUCGAGCCCUGGAACUCACGUCCAGGUCCGCUGUGGCACGAUCCCCUUGUUACUAUGAAGAUAAACACGUUCUCUAACAUCUUGGGGCUUCAAACUUUCGACAACGAUCAAGGAUUCACCAUGGUCAACCAUAACAAUGAAGUCAGCGCUCAAUGCUACUUGAAUCGGACUUUUAUCAUCGAUCUGGAUUGUUGGUUUACUCAUAACGAUCCACGUAUUGACCAGUUCCAUGUCAAUAUCAAUGGGUCCUCAAUGUUCUUCUGCGAGUCAAACCAAGCGAUGAACGCAGACACAUACGGCAGCGUUGAACUGUUGCAAAGACGUGACAGUGAUAUGCUAGUUGCUGAAAUCCCAGGCCUCCCACCUAUUAUUCCAUGUUUAGGUUGUGAGGAAUAAAGUACUAGUUUUAGGGGAAGUAGAAGAAAGGAUUCUAGAAGAACGGCAUCGACGAGUGGG